GAUGUGUAUUUUUAUUUUGCAUGGAACUGUUAGCUUAUGCAGUUAAGAGAACUCGAUACCUUGAGCUCAGCGUGUGUGUUUACAGCACAGAGUGAAGUGCUGCUAUUGGUAUGAAGGUCUGGAAAGAAGUAUACAGACAGAGAGAGAGAACGAGAGAGAAUGUGACAUAACGUUAAUCCCUAGAGCAGGGCAGCCACAAUCACAAAACAGAGAGAAAAGGCUUGAGAGAGAAGGCUGGUACGUAAGCUCAGUGCCUGAAAGAAAUCUCCUCUGAAACUUUAUAAGAGAAGUUUGAAAAGUUGGAAAGAAACUUUUACGGCAAAGUCAAUCAAACAGGAUCUGUAAACCCAUCCCUCCUUACUGAGGAGAAAGAACAUUUUGACAGACACUGCCAUCUGAAGAUAGGAAAGUAAAGCAUUUGAAAAAAGAGAAUGUGAAAACUUUGAAACAAGAAAACUAUAGAAAACCAGGACUUGGGGGACUAUGGAGAAAUCGUUGGGGUUGAGACUACCCUGAGGAUCGUAGUUUGCUCUCAGUCAUGGAGAACGGGGAGGAAGUGAUUGGGGGUUCCAAUCUCAUGAUAGUCUCCCAUGAGAAGAUUUAUGAGAUCUGUUGCCAGAAAGACUGCUGUGAGCGGGUUGUGAUCAAUGUCUCGGGGUUGAGGUUUGAGACCCAGAUAAGGACACUAAGCCGGUUUCCCAAUACCUUGUUGGGAGACCCAAGGCAAAGAAUGCGUUUUUUUGAUCCCUUGAGGAACGAGUACUUCUUUGAUCGAAAUCGCCCAUGUUUUGAUUCAAUACUUUAUUUUUACCAAUCAGGAGGUCGAAUACGUCGGCCUGCCAAUGUACCCCUAGAUGUCUUUAUGGAGGAGCUGAUGUUUUACCAGCUUGGAGAUGAUGUGAUCAGUAAAUUCAGGGAAGAUGAAGGCUUUCCAAAAGAAGAAGAGAGACUUCUUCCGGAAUGUGAGUUCAUGAAGCAAGUGUGGCUCCUGUUUGAACACCCAGACAGUUCAUCUGCAGCCCGAAUCAUUGCCAUUAUUUCUGUUAUGGUCAUCCUUAUCUCCAUAGUCAUCUUCUGCUUAGAAACACUACCUGAAUUCCGGGAUGAAAGGGAUCUGUCUUUACCGGUACAGCCCCUUCACAGAAGCAACACUACUCACAUCUUUAAAGAAAAGAGUCCGUUUGAAGACCCAUUUUUCAUUGUGGAGACUAUUUGCAUCUGCUGGUUCUUUUUUGAACUCUCUGUGCGCUUUAUUGCCUGUCCCAGCAAACCAGCCUUCUUCAAAGAUAUCAUGAACAUGAUUGAUUUCGUAGCAAUCAUACCAUAUUUUGUUGCUCUGGGCACAGAACUUGCUCGUCACAGAGGGGUGGGCCAGCCAGCCAUGUCACUGGCUAUCCUUAGGGUUAUCCGUUUGGUUAGAGUAUUCCGUAUCUUCAAGCUGUCACGCCACUCCAAGGGAUUACAGAUCUUGGGGCAAACACUUAAAGCAAGUAUGAGAGAAUUGGGGUUGCUCAUAUUCUUCCUCUUUAUUGGAGUCAUUCUCUUCUCCAGUUCUGUAUACUUUGCAGAAGCUGAUCAUGAAGGUACAAAAUUUACAAGCAUCCCCGAAGCCUUCUGGUGGGCAGUGGUCACCAUGACAACAGUAGGUUAUGGAGACAUGUCUCCUGAGACAGUAGGUGGAAAAUUGGUUGGUUCUCUUUGUGCUAUUGCAGGUGUGCUAACCAUCUCUCUUCCUGUACCAGUCAUUGUAUCCAACUUUAGCUACUUUUACCAUCGUGAAACCGAAUGUUCAGAUAUUGGCCAUUACAACCAUAUUGGCUCAUGUCCAAAUGGUCCUCCACAUACUCCAAAGCCUAAAGUGAAGGAUAAGAGCCCAAAACUGGAUAAAUUAAACUUCUACAGUAAUUCAAAGGCAGAAUUCCUUGAUGGACUUGGACCUGUGGAUGAUAAAAAUAUGAUUGUGGGACAGUCACAUGUAAUAACCCAAGUGUGACUUUUGUUAUUAUGGUUUACUCGCGCCUAACUUUAUUUCAUCAGCCUUCAUUCAGGAGUCUUAAAUUAAAUGUUUUACAGAAAUACAAAGACAUCCUAAAAUAAGAAACUGCAUGGUACCAAACUGAUUUUUUAAGUCCUUGGUUUCUUUAUUUUAUGCAACCAGUGGAAACUGCUUUAUAGUGUGUUUGUUUUUUCAACAAUCUGACAUACAAUGAUAGGAAGCAUCAUUAUGGAUUGAUGCCAAGCUGGAGAUAAAACAAAAUGACACCUCAACAGGUGACAUAGUAUUUUUAUUAAAGACUUUUGGACUUGGAGACGAACUCAUUGUUGGCCGGUGAAAGGCUUUGAAAAAUGCAUUGCACUUGUAGUAGCAAGGAUUUCCCACCAACAUCCCCAGGGAAGCAGUUGGCCAUUACCCAACUAUGAAAUAAUAGAUCAGACCUACUAAAUUACAAGUGCUGUAGAGCCCUGAGAAACAGAUAGUGGAGGGCAAGAUCAAAUAACAGCAACUGACUAAAUACAUAUAUAUGACUGUAAAGGUAACCAAGGGAAUGAAUGCUGAAUAAGCCUUACCACCAAAGAUGGCACUACAGAAAAAAAUGUAUUUAAGUUGAAUGUCAAGAUUCCAUUGCUCCAAUAUUUGUUGCAGUAUAUUUAUUGUUGGAAUGUGAUCCUUACAGACUGGAAAACUCGAUUUUUGCUUUGGAGGGAACCAGAAAACCUCAGCUUGUGAAAAAUGCUUGUUAAAUGAAUUUGAAUAGUCUUGAGGUUUACAAAAUAACAUUGUCUGUAGUUUUUUUAUGAUUAAGUUCAAGCCCCAAUGAUAAAUGGGUGAUGCAGAGAUGUUGAUGUUAAAUCGCAAUAUCUAGAUAAUGGACUGUUUUCCCCAAGUCUAUAAUUAUGCAGGAAAGUGUUUAUUAAUAUGCUCAGCAAGUAAAUAUUAUUCAGAGUGUUUGAGGUUGUUUCCUGUUUAUUUUGCUCAAACUGAAUAUAAAUUUCAGUCAGGUUGGUCUUAAUUUUUAUAAAGUAUAUUUUGUAACAAAAUAAUGCAUUCAAGGUCUUUAAGUUGAAAAUCUUCGCACAGUGUCUAGUCUUUCUGGUAGUGCAACUUUUGAUCUAAGUCAGAAGUACUUAGUUCUUUUAUACUGGGCCUACAUUAUCCAUGUAGCCUUUUUCAGGUGUGUCAAUUCCCCAUUUUCACAGUCAGAAAACUAGCACUCCAGGAGUUAUGCAUCCACUAUUUAAUCUUUACUAAGUCUUCAAAUCAGGAUACAACAUAGCUUCUUGCUUGCACAUUUCAGCCACACCUAGCCCUUGUCAUCAGCACUGGCUAAGGCCAGGAGCAGCAAAAAACAUGUAGGCAAGAAACUAGAUUGUACCCUCCUUUGAAGAUUUAAACAUGUUUACAGUGGAUGCCUGGCUCAUUAACUGCUGACUUUCUGAUUGGUUCUGUUCACACCGUGAGAGUAGUGCAGCCAUGCACUUGUCAUAUCGAUAUUUCUUAUAUAGCUAGCAAAGGUUAACUGAUUACGUUCUAAACGCCUCUUUCCUUUUUUUUCUGCAUAAAAAUGUAUGCCACCCUUGUUUGUCACUAAUGUGAGUUUCCCAGAUCUUUUCACAGCCUCUCAAGUGAAUAUCUACUGUUGCCUUUUUUUUUCCCCCCAAUAAUAAUUUUAUUGAUCAAAUAAAGUUAGUACAUACAUAACUCACAGUCUUCCAUGAGAGGAAGGAUGCAGAUAAAGACAACAUAACAAGAAAUCAAGGAGGCACAGUAAUAUUAAAACAGAGUGCUCGAUACCUUUGGUUUCUAUAGUCCACAGUAGUAGCGUGCGUAUUGUUUAAAAAUAGUGCCAAUGUGGUGGGAUGCAAACUUGCCCCUGUCUAUAAGGACUGCCUGUGUGUUGUAGCUAGAGUGAUCAAGAAGUACUGCUGCCUUUUUAAAGUGUUACUUGGUGAAAAAAAAACAUAUCUAAACAACUAUCUGUAGUCUGGAUGUAGACAUUUUAUAAUGGGUCCCACUAUUAUAGAUCCUUUGCAAUGUAUAUUUUAGUGUUAGUGGUCUAUAAUAGAGGCGUCCUUUAUAAAAUGUCCACCUCCAGAGUGUAUACCUCUUACCCAUUGCUGCUGUAAAAAGUAACUGGAGAAUGGAAAAGAUUAAAAUGAUCAUGGGUUUAAGGAGAA